AUUUAGAUGGCUGUAAUAUCAAAGACACCUUGACAGCCUUUGAUAUGUCAUAAAGGAAAACAGGGAACGAAGAAGAGGAAGAAGACACAGCAGAUGGACAUAUAAUUGGAUCAGAGACUUUAUAUUUGAUAUAUUUAUUCAGCGUCAUGUCUGAGCUGCUGAAAGACAAACCUCAGAAACGAGAGAAGAGGACGCUGAAGGCUCCCUCAGAGGCAAGUCAUGGAGUCAAAUGCAAGGAAACCACUGGCAGGACUAAGGACUCCGUGAGUAUUGAGUCAUCCAUUGAUGAAUUUGGACACCACGAUGACGCUCGGAAGGUUGUGAAAAUGGAGAACACCUACCAGACGGGACCUUCUAAACGCUUCCCUGUCCGUGCUGUCACAGACAUACUGAAGGACGUACUCACCACUCACCUCCAAGAAGAGAGAUAUGAAGUGGAGUGGUCCCAAAAAAUGACCAAAACAAUAUCUGAGGUGAUACGAGCCCGUGUGAAGGAUCUCAUGAUUCCCAGAUAUAAGGUGGUCGUCCUGGUCCACAUCGGCCAGCUCACUGGGCAGGGCAUGCAAAUCAGCAGCCGCUGUCUGUGGGAUACAGCCAACGACACCUUUGUCAGCUAUUCUUUCAAGAACAGCUCUCUGUUUGGAAUGGCAACUGUCUUUGCUGUUUACUUUGAAUAAAUCCCUGAAUCUCCACUCACCCCUACCGUUCCUGGCAGAGGCCGUCCACACCGAGCCUGGUUCUGCUGGAGGUUUCAUCCAAAUGGAAGUUUUUCCUCCACGCUGUUGCUCAUUCUUGCUCGGUGUGGAACAAGGUGGAUUUAGUCUUUCCCAAGAUCUUGGACUUUUGUG